GGUUCGACUCGACUCAUUUUCAUCUCAGACAAAAGUGAUGACGAUAAAUUAAAGGAAUCCAAUUUUUUUUUUGAAGUAAUUAAAGGAAUCCCGUGCCUACACCUGAUGCAAUAAAUAGUAUUUAUAGUUUCAACUUAAAAGUACUAGUAUAUUAUCUCGCACUCAGAUGACACUGACAUUAACUUAUAAGCUCAGUGUAAUGAACUAGUAGCAGUAGUAAACUACAUCAAUCCCCUCACAUUCAGUUACAGCAAGGUUCGGUUUGGGAACAGUUAAAAACUGGCAUUCACCUCCGUUCUCUUCAACCUCUUCAACGCCGUUAGCAUUUGCAUUGGAUGCUAUACCUUUUUUACCAAUGGCCAUUAUUUCUAUCGAAUCAUAAUAACUCGUACGUUUUUUUUUCUCUCUCUCACUCAUUUUCGAUUCACCUCAUUUUGGUAAUCGCAAUGCCGCUAAAGGAUGACUUUUGAGGAACAGAAGGCAGAUCUGGAAAGUAGGAAAAAAAAAACAAAAAGUAAACGACAUGUGUCGAUAAUAGGGCCAAGUGCAGAGCUUCAGCCUCGAAUUUCGUUUUCCUUCUAAUAAAUUUUACUAAUUUCUUUUUCUUUUUCUUUUUUCACCAUGUUAUUUUUGUCAGAUUAUUAAUCUAUCUUGAAAGUUGAAAAAUCUUGUAAGAACUUUUAAUGAAAUCUUUUCUUUUAUUCGAGACUACCAGUGUGUUUAAAGAAUUCAAAUUUAACUAACUUUGUGUUACUAGAACAUAAAGUGAGAAACAAAGGUGGCUUUACAGCUGAAAAAGUGAGUCCCCUCAUUUGACUUAAGCAAAGACAAGUUGGCACAAUCUUCUAUGCAAGUUUCUGAGUGUUCGCCUCUGCAUUGAUUUAUUUUUGUAUUGGCUUUUUGGAGGUAAGUUAUCCGUGUCGUGGCUGGUUUGAGUGUGUGCAGCAGAAGCAGCUAGUUGUCUGCUGGAAGAUGGAACUUAUUUUGUGCUUCGUCUACUUGGUUUCUCUCAUGCUCUUCCAAGCACAAGCAAAUGCAAUCUCUGACAAGCAAGCAUUGCUUGAUUUCGUGGAAAAGUUGGCUCCUUCAAGAUCCCUGAAUUGGAACGCAAGCUCUUCCCCAUGUACCUCCUGGACCGGUGUAACCUGUAACGGAGACAAGUCACGAGUUAUAGCCAUUCACUUGCCAGCAUUCGGGUUUCACGGAACCAUCCCUCCCAACACAAUAAGCCGCGUCACGGGGUUGCGAACACUCAGCCUCAGAUCCAACUUCAUAAAUGGUCACUUCCCUUGUGAUUUUUCCAAUCUCAAAAACCUUUCCUUUCUCUAUCUUCAGUUCAACAACUUCACGGGUCCCUUACCUGACUUCUCUGCUUGGAGGAACCUCUCUGUUGUCAACUUGUCCAAUAAUUUCUUCACCGGCACCAUUCCUCUCUCUCUCUCCAAUUUGACUCAGCUAACUUCCAUGAAUCUCUCCAACAACUCCCUCUCCGGGGAAAUACCUCUCUCUCUUCAGAGGUUUCCCAAGUCAGCAUUCGUUGGAAACAAUGUCUCCCUUCAAACCUCCUCUCCUGUAGCUCCAUUUUCUAAAUCUGCAAAACACAGCGAAACGACCGUGUUUUGUGUUAUUGUUGCUGCUUCUCUUAUUGGUCUCGCAGCAUUUGUUGCAUUUAUCUUUCUAUGCUGGUCGAGAAAGAAGAAGAAUGGGGAUUCCUUUGCUCGGAAGUUGCAGAAGGGAGAUAUGUCUCCGGAAAAAGUAGUGUCGAGGGACCUGGAUGCAAAUAAUAAAAUUGUUUUCUUUGAGGGGUGUAGUUAUGCUUUUGACUUGGAGGAUUUGUUGAGGGCUUCUGCUGAGGUACUAGGGAAGGGGACGUUUGGUGCUGCGUAUAAGGCUGCGCUGGAGGAUGCUACCACUGUUGUUGUGAAGAGGUUGAAGGAGGUGGCUGUUGGAAAGAAGGAUUUUGAGCAGCUUAUGGAGGUUGUUGGGAAUCUUAAACAUGAGAAUGUGGUUGAGCUGAAGGGGUAUUACUAUUCCAAAGAUGAGAAACUCAUGGUCUAUGAUUACUACACUCAGGGGAGUCUCUCGGCUUUCUUGCAUGGUAAAAGAGGAGAGGAUAGGGUGCCUCUAGAUUGGGAUACUCGGAUGAAAAUUGCUUUGGGUGCUGCACGAGGCCUUGCUUGUAUACAUUGUGAGAAUGGUGGGAAACUUGUGCAUGGCAAUAUCAGAUCCUCAAAUAUCUUUCUCAAUAGUAAACAGUAUGGUUGUGUAUCUGAUCUUGGCCUGGCAACCAUAAUGAGUUCAGUUGCCAUACCAAUCUCGCGAGCCGCUGGUUACAGAGCACCUGAAGUCACAGACACGAGGAAAGCGACACAACCAUCUGAUGUUUACAGCUUUGGUGUGGUGUUAUUAGAGCUUCUCACUGGGAAAUCCCCUGUCUACACAACUGGUGCCGAUGAGAUUGUGCACUUGGUGAGAUAGGUUCAUUCGGUUGUGAGAGAGGAGUGGACAGCUGAAGUGUUUGACUUGGAGCUGAUAAGAUAUCCCAAUAUAGAGGAAGAGAUGGUGGAAAUGUUGCAGAUAGCCAUGUCAUGUGUGGUGAGGCUUCCUGAUCAGAGGCCUAAGAUGUUAGAACUUGUAAAAAUGAUAGAAAGUGUCAGGCAGAUUGAGAUAGUAGUGAAUCAGCCAUCAAUAUCAUCUGAGAACCAAGUGGAAAGUUCAACACAGAUCCCUUUAACCACUUAAGAUGAAUGAUGAAUCCCCUCAGUGUGAUAUUCACGACUCACUCCCUUCACAAAAAAGAGAGCUAUCUGAAAACGUUUUGUUCCAAAUUGUGAACAAGACCAUGCUUCUUUUCACCAAUUUUCCCUUUGUAAUUCUUGUUCAGCACAUUUGCUUUUACCACAAAAAAAGCCAAACUAAUUUAAUUGAUUUUCUAUCAUUAUAAUUUUACUGAGUGGAGGGAAGGAAGCACCAGAUGAUCAUUGUGCAAUCAUGUGGUUAUAUGUCUUGCUAGCUGUUAACCUGAUAUGAAACAUUUCGAUCUUUUUCUUGA